AACGUUGCCAUCUGUUGCAUCUCAAUAAACCCAAGAUAUAGUCUUAUAUCACAAAGGAGACAUGGGAAAAGAAUAGAGUAAAUAAGGUUGCCUUUGGUUGAGUUGACUACCGRUAUUAUACAUUCCAUCUGGCCGUAUUUGUUUUUGAGCAGAAGUUGCGACCUAGUCAUGACCUAUUGUCCUUGACAAGCUUUUCCAGGCUAAUACCAUGGGUAGGCUACUACGCCUCAGAGGGGAGAAAAAAACAACGGCGUCAACCGAGUUAUCCAAUCAUAACAUCGUUUUUUUUAUUCUGUUCCCGCCUUCUUUAGAGGUUGUUAUCCAAGAACACAACUUUUGAAACCUGUCAACUUGUAAUAUACAUUGAUUAACAAAAUAGCAUGUAUUAGAAAAUAUUUGUUAUGAGCCAUUUCAAAUCACACACACAUCAUUUAUAUUUGAGAAAAAUCUAUAAUAGGUCGAAAUUCUGUCAAUGGGCGGUUCCCAUUUCCUCCAGCGUCAAACGGUCAGAGUGUGUCCCAAACACUGCGUGGUGUUGUCCGCCCUGGGGACUGAGGCCAGGAGUGGAAACUGUUCGACCGGUAAACAUCUGGGACGGGAAUGUAAAAAAAACUAACUACAAACGGGAACACGAAAUCGCUUUAAACGGAGUGCCAUUUGGGCAUAAAGACUGUCCAUCGUGUUUCCAAUGGAAGCGGAUGGUUUAUUGAGAAGACGUCGGAUGACAGCAGAGAGAGCAGGCGGGGACGCCGGGGUUGCUGGAGCCUCAGCCGGCGCAGAGGUCCGAUGGCUCGGGGGAAGGAUAUGGGGAGUGUCGGAGAGCCUCGUUGGGAGUUUGUCUCCCAGGAUCGGAGGCGAGGCCGAGAUUAAGAGUGUAAUUCAGUUCAGUGGCGGCCCCCCUGAAGUAACGUUAGCAGAUACUUCAAAACCCGACUAUGAAGGUUUGCCGCAGGGCGCUUCGACCAGCACCCACAUGGUUGCAGGAGCAGUGGCUGGGAUCAUGGAGCAUUGCCUGAUGUUCCCCAUCGACUGUGUCAAGACGCGUAUGCAGAGCCUACAGCCUGAGCCUGCUGCCCGUUACCGGAAUGUGAUGGAUGCUCUUCGGCGAAUCAUAACCACCGAGGGUGUAUGGCGACCAAUGAGAGGGCUGAAUGCCACAGCUGUGGGGGCGGGUCCGGCGCACGCCCUCUACUUCGCCUGCUACGAGAAACUGAAGAAAAGUCUGGGUGACAUCAUCCACCCCGGGGCUAACAGCCAUCUGGCCAACG